GGUUGUAGGGGGUCGAUGAAGUAAGUAGUCGAAAGAAAAUUGUUUUUGCAUCCAAGAUGACAUCACUUGUAUCAGCAGCCCCAAGAACUACUUUGCCACCAUCAUGCCCCGGCCGCCCCUUGUUGCGCACGACCCACCUGCUCCGGAGUGUGAUCGCGUCUUGCGGCGCCGGGUCGUUCUUGGUGAUCACUGUGCUUGGCAACGGGUUCCGCACGACACUGGACCUCAUCCAGGAGAGAACCUACCAUGACUGCGGGGAACUGUGUUGGAGCAUGAUGCAGAACAAGGGCGCCGAGUACUUUUCGCCCGAGUUUGUCGAAGAGAUGGACGACGAGGAAGGGUCCCUAAAAAACAAAACCGACGAGCUGCAGGCCCCCCGCGCAACCAACGGCCCGCGGUACCGUCGCAUACCCGCGCACGAGCUGCAGUGGCGUUUCCCGGAGUACCGCGAGUUCGAGCACAGCCCCGGCCCGUUCUGGAACCACACCCGCGGACAUUUCCAAUGCGAAAAGCUGCUGAACAACGCAGACCUGGAUGUCGCCGCGGGCUACGGCGAAAUCGACCACGGGCUCAGCUACGCAACCUUCGUCCCGGGGCGCUUUUUGCCGUACUUCACGAUGAACGGGCAGAUGCCGGUAGUCUUUGCGAAUUUUUUGAAACAGUGGGACGCACCGGUGUUCACACGGUUGUCCUCCGCGAACCAGAUCACGGAAGACAAUAAGGUGAUGGACAUUCACAGCACCACGGCCGCCGCCACGGACGGGCUCAGCGUCUUCCGCGAGGACAUUGACGUGGGGAAGAUGCUGUGGGAGGAAUGGACCGAGCCCUACGUCGAGGGCUGGGUGGCCGUGAUGCGGUGCGCAGUCUCCUUCGCGCAGGCGGCGGUGGAGGCUGCGAAGAAGAACCCGAGGGGUUCAGGCUCGUCUUCUGAUAGAGUGCUGCCCCGAAGAAGUUCCAACCGCGACUACAAAAUCCUCGACGUGCUAUGAGAGUGAGCAACUGACUCCCGCCUCCUCAGUUGUCCUGCAAAAUCCCGGAUCCAAGUGCUGCUUUGCGGCACUGUUAGUUGCGUGACAGGUUCUGCAAGCCCAAACAGUAUCAGUACUACUUGUACUUCUUAAAAGACUAGGCGCAUCCACUUGUCAUGCAAAGCCUCCACGACGUGUGCUGCUGCUGUGCAGUGCUGCCGUUUGUAUUGCUGUUCAAGAAAUGAAGGGGAGUUGAUGAAGUUGUGCACUUUCAUACGCACGCGACGUAGACUACGAACAGCGGCUGUCCGUAUGCAGCGAACAGGACCCGCGCAUUAUUACAGUGAAAAGUGCCCCCCACCCCUGAAAUUGCAAAAAUUUGUGAUGCGAAGUCUCCACAUGAAAACUUUUGGUCAUGCAUGGAAGGAGUAGGAAUCUUUCUGAUGCGGAAUCUAGGCGUGCGCGUGUAUCGCAUCGCUUGCAUGACAAGCGCCGCUCUUGCUGGGGUUUUCUGCAAUACAAAUUUUUGCUAUUCACGAUUGAAAAUCUGUGAUGCUGAUACAUGCAAGAGGGCAGAUGUUUCAUUUGGAAAGGUUUGCAAUACAAAUGCUCCCAAGUACUGGGGUGGGUGCAUUUUUCAUUGUAAUACGCAUCCGCGCCGCCGCGGUGGACUACGCGCGCCGGCGCCCGCACAAACUGUAUCCUGAGUAAAAACGUACCCACGCCAGAGUUGUCAUGCAGAUUUGCAAUGACAGGAACGUUUGUAAUGCGCAUCGCCAGGAGAGGCAUUUUUAGUCGUGUUUUGGAAUUUGUAAUGCUGUAAACAGGAUGAUCAGAUCGAUUUCUGACGCAGCUGGCCUUGCGAACCUGCACUACACUACGGACUGCAAUUUGUGAUGCGUGACCCCCAAAAGUUCUAGGUUUGUGUUGCAAAGUCCCCAUCUUGACUCUGGUGUGGGUACGUUUUUCCUCAGGAUAAACUGGACAAGGUUCUCACCGAAGAGGAGCUGCUGGACAAGAAGGGCGAGCUGCUUGGGGUGUACAACCAGAUGUUCACCUCUGGCUACGGAGACGCCUCGCGGGUCGCGCUGUACCGGGGCCUGGAGCACUACCGCGACUACAUCUUGGGCCGCGAGGAAGACGCGGAGGCGGGGAUCCGGGCCUUGGUGGUCGGCAGUAGCUACCCGUGGGUGGAGGCGCUGUUGCUGCUCGUGUUCGGCGACGAGAUCCACGUGACCACCAUCGAAUACCUACUCUGAGUAAAAACGUUCCCACCCCAGAUUUGUCAUGCAAAUCUGCAUGCCAAAAAAGUUUAUCAUGCGACGCCCCAUAAGAAGCAUUUUCUAGUUGUGUUUUGGAAUUUGUGAUGCUAGCUUCAGCAUGAUAUGCUAGAUCUGUGAUGCUUCGGAACUACCUAAACAGGAUUACACUACGACGACAAACUUGUCAUGCGAAGCAGCCAUAGCUGGUGGAUUUGUCUAGGAGAUUUUCCAUCUUGUCUCGGUUGUGUGGACAUUUUUCCUCACAAUAAUACCGCCCGAUGAAGUCCUCGCACCCGCAAGUCACGUGCUACACGCCCGCAGAGUUCUUUCACGGUCGCACGCUGUUCAAGGAGUAUGACGAGGAACAGGAUAGUAGAGAACAUCGCAGCGCAGAUCGAGCUUCUGGUGCGCAGGCACGAUAUGAUAGAAACAGCAGGAUGAACUCAAAGACGCAAAGCCAAAGUAGAACUCAGCAAAAUCAAAAAGCAAAACGUAAACAAGAUCACACCCGCGGCCCCUUCGACAUUGUGAUUUCCCUUUCCAGCCUGGAGCACGCAGGCCUCGGGCGCUACGGGGACGUCAUCUCGCCCUGGGCGGACGUGUUCACCACGGCACGCGCGCACUGCUUGACGCGCGACAACGGCCUGCUGUUCCUCAGUGUCAUGGCGCACCUACCCGUGGCGGCGAGAAAAGGCAUCGCCACCUCGUUUCACCCCGACGACCCGGUUGCGUGGCGCAACGCAAAGUGUGGGCAGGAUCGGUUGAUGAAAAACGCGCCGCCCGGGGAUAUUGUCCUUUUCAACCUGCUAUCGACUGCAAAUAAUAUGCCUGGGUCUGGAAGGUUGCAGUUGCACCUGAAUCUGUGCGCAGUAGUUUUCGCAGGAGGGGGGCCCAGAAGAUGAAGAUCUGCAAUGCCGGUCCGUCGUGGCACCACAAGUUUUGAGAGGGGUCCGCAAUGCCUGUCCUGCAUGGAAUAACAUGCCAUCCUUGGGUGCCCAAUAAAAUUGGUUGUCAUUGGCUUUUACUGCUCCCGCAAAACAUAUUUAUUUUUCUGCCACCCGAAUCAAUCUCGCACGUUGGCAAAGUCGAACACUUCCAGACACAGACAUAUUUGCAAUGCAUACCUGCAUCGCAUCUACGGCGAAAAGCGAUUGCCAUACCUAACCGCAAACUGGCAGCAAAUCGACGUCAUCCCGCCGUCGGUAGAGGAAACUUUCGACGAAUGCAUCUUCGUGCUAAGGAAAAAUGCAAACCCACCACGGAGAAUUGAAAAUGAGGCCUUGCUAUGACGAAAAAAUGCUACGCAAUUGAUAGUUGAUUUUGGAUUUUUUCUGCCGACACAUCAAGAAAGAUCCUCACAACAACUCUCUUAUCCGCCACACUCAUUAUGACAUCUGGAGAAUGUACUAUAUCGCAUUUUUUGGUUCAAAUGAACGUGGCCUCGAUUUUCGGAGGGCGGUGCAGUUAGCUCAUCACGACAAGGGCGCAGGAACAAGAUCAUGAGCACACGCCCACCUAGCGCCAUCAAGCGCCCGCCUGCUCAGUGGAGCAGUGGUACG